CUCUUCACCGCCACGCCGCGCAUGGCCGCACGCACGCCGGCGAACCCGCACUACCUCAUCUUCUUCAGCAGCGGCGCGCCGCCGUGGUGUCCCGACUGCGUCGCCGCGCUGCCCGCCAUCCACGCCGUGUUCGGCAAGGACAGCGGCGCCGCCGGCGCCGAGGCCGAGCUGCUGACGGUGGGCAGGGAGGAGUGGAAGAACAAGCAGAAUCCGCACGCUUGGCGCAGCGAGUACAACGUGCAGGGCGUACCGACGAUCAUCAAGUGGCAGGACGGCAAGGAGGUCGGGCGCCUGGACGAGGAUGGCUGCAAGGAUGAGAAGAGACUGAGGGAAUUCACUGCAUGAGUGAGAGCGUGCAGCGCCUCGACAGCCUGCGGCAGCACUGGCUCGGACGCGAGAUGAGCGUACGCUCUGCGCUCCGUCUUCUCGGGUUCGUGCAGCACAGGUGCUAACGGCGCAAGAGGAAGAAUGCUGCCUCCCGCACUGCGUGUCGCCGAGCAUGCCGUUACAGCUCAGGCGGACACAGGCACUGCUCGAGCUUUGCGUCUUGCGCCUCGAGUGCGGCAAGAGACACGCUCUGCUGCAAAGCACGCCGUGUGGAGGACGCGGCGGCGCGGCAGCCGGACGUCGUCUCGUGCAGCCCGAGCUGCGCCUCGCCUGCAUCUGCUCACGGCUCAACCUGAUGGCAGCACUGCGUGCCCUUUGAGCUCGUGCAGUCUGUCUGAAGGCAGCGUCUGCGAGUGAAGCCGGCGUGAGCACGUCGAGGUCCAGACUGCGGCUGGCCAUGCUUCGCAGGACGAGGGCAGCCUUUCGCACGAG